GAGUAGUCUGCAUUAAUUUUCAGAGUAAUCAGCCAAAAUGACGAACACAAAGGGGAAGAGGAGGGGGACGCGUUACAUGUUUUCAAGGCCAUUCCGCAAGCAUGGCGUUGUCCCUCUGGCCACCUACAUGCGCAUCUACAAGAAGGGCGAUAUUGUUGACAUCAAGGUACCGUCCGCGGUGCAGUGUAAUCAUUUCCAGUUCCUGCUUAAACGCAUGCUCUGGGUAUAUAACGUUACUCAGCAUGCUGUGGGCAUUAUUGUGAACAAGAAGGUUAAGGGCAAGAUUCUUGCCAAGAGAAUUAAUGUGCGUAUUGAGCAUAUUAAACAUUCAAAGAGCAGGGACAGCUUCCUGCAGCGUGUGAAGGAGAAUGAAAAGAAGAAAAAGGAAGCAAAAGAAAAAGGCAUCUGGGUUCAGCUGAAACGUCAGCCUGCUCCCCCAAGGGAAGCACACUUUGUGAGAACCAAUGGCAAGGAGCCAGAGCUGCUGGAGCCUAUUCCAUAUGAAUUCAUGGCAUAAUGUAUGUUUUAAACUAAAUUAAAAGUCUGGUUUUGGACA